AUGUAUCUAUCUAUCUAUCUAUCUAUCUAUCUAUCUAUCUAUCUCAGUCUGUUCAUAUCUGUCUAUCUAUCUAUCUAUCUAUCUAUAGAAAUUCGGCACUCGUUUUCGGUUCAUUUCGAAUUCAAUUCUCUCUUUCUCAUUUCGAGUUCAUUUCUCUCUUUCUUUCUUUUAGUAGCUUCAAGGAUUUUUUCUAAUCAUCUUUUCCUUCUUUCUUUUUUUUCUUUCUUUCUUUUAAGUUUAAGGAUAAUUUUUUUUCGUUAUUUUCCUUUUCUUUCUUUUACUACUUUUCAAGGUUUUCCUUUUAAUUAUAAUUUUCCUCUUCUUUCUUCCUUUCUUUCUUUCUUUCUUCAGUUUACUACUUUUCAAGGUUUUCCUUUUAAUUAUAAUUUUCCUCUUCUUUCUUCCUUUCUUUCUUUCUUCCUUUCUUUCUUUCUUUCUUUCUUUCUUCAGUUUACUACCUUUCAAGGUUUUCCUUUUAAUUAUCACUUUCCUCUUCUUUCUUCCUUUCUUUCUUUCUUUCUUUCUUUCUUUCUUUCUUUCUUUCUUUCUUUCUUCAGUUUACUACCUUUCAAGGUUUUCCUUUUAAUUAUCACUUUCCUCUUCUUUCUUUCUUUCUUUCUUUCUUUCUUUCUUUCUUUCUUUCUUUCUUUCUUCAGUUUACUACUUUUCAAGGUUUUUCCUUUUUAUUAUUCCUUUUCUUUCUUUCUUUCUUUCUUUCUUUCUUUCUUUCUUUCUUUCUUUCUUUCUUUCUUUCUUUCUUUCUUCAGUUUACUACCUUUCAAGGUUUUCCUUUUAAUUAUAAUUUUCCUCUUCUUUCUUUCUUUCUUUCUUUCUUUCUUUCUUUUAAAAUAUUCUUUCUUCCACUAA